AUGGAUUCUCCUCUUCUCUCAUCCAGAACAGAAACUUGUGGAGCCUCUGAGAGCCCAACCAUAAUUACUGUGCCACCCCCACUAGACCCAAGCGAGAGCCGGAUCGUCCCAGUCAAGAAGAGCUUCAAGUGCUGCACGCGCUCCGACCAGCAACAGUACUCGUCCAUCUACAAGGUCCCCGCCUACAUCACCAAGCUCAACAGCAAGGCCUACCAGCCGCAGGUUGUCUCUCUCGGCCCCUACCACCACGACAAAGGUGAACUCCAACCAAUGGAGGAACACAAGCUCCACGCGCGCCGCCACUUUGUCACGCGGUCCAGGAAGACUGACGGGCCCUUCCUCGAGUCCCUGAGGGAGGUGGCGCAGGACCUCAAGGAGAGCUACCAAGCACUGGACCAGAAUUGGAAGGAGGACACGGAGGACCAGUUCCUGAAUCUGAUGAUCACGGACGGCUGCUUCAUGCUCGAGAUCAUGAGGACCACGGUAGGGGAGAAGCGUGACUAUGCACCCAAGAACCCCAUCUUCAACAUCUACAGUCGGAAAUACAGAACGCGGGACAUAAGGCGGGACAUGCUGAUGCUGGAGAAUCAGCUGCCGAUGCUAGUACUGUAUCGGCUGUUCGCGGUCGAGAACAAUGGCAAGGAGCGUGACGAAUACGAAUACAUCAACAGGCUUAUCCUCAGGUUCUACUCCCUCGACCCGGGCAACAAGGAGAUGGGCAGAUGCCUGCACGUCUUGGACGUCCUCAGGAAAGGCCUCCUGAUGGAGCCCAAGGAGGUCCAGCCCGACCUGGAAAACGAGGAGUCUCUGGCUGGCGAGGAGAUUAUCCAGUCGGCCACCGAGCUCGAGCCCUGGAUCCGGUUCAAGAAGAGCAAGACAAGCAGCCUCAAGGACGUCUCCUUUGCUCGAGGGGUCCUGAGGCUCCCCGUCAUCACGGUGGACGACACCACCCAGUCCAUGUUCCUCAACCUCAUGACUUUCGAGCGCUUGCACGUCAGGGCUGGGAACGAGAUCACAUCCUACGUCACCUUCAUGGACAACAUCAUCGAUGAUGAGCGGGAUGUCGAGCUGCUCCAAGCCCAAGGCAUCAUCCAGAAUGCCGUCCGGAGCAACGAGGUGGUGGCCAAGCUAUUCAACUCGCUCUGCAAGGAAGUGCCGCUCGAAUCCACCAGGAGACUCGACAUCGUUCAAAAGAACAUCAAUGAGUACCGCCAGCAGCCCUGGAACAUUGGGAGGGCCACUCUCAAACGCUGGGGGGCUAAUCUCAACCGCACCUACUUCAGGAGUCCUUGGUCGACAUUGUCCGUAGGCGCCGCCAUCUUCCUCUUUGUGCUCACCAUAAUUCAGACCGUGUAUGUUGUGCUCACCUACUAUUAUUGA